AUGAUUGUACAUGCGGCCCGAGAUGCAAGGCGGGCGAUCAAGAGCAGGGGGGGGGGGGGGGGGGGGGGGCAUGCGGAUGAAUGCACAGCGGCAAGCAGAAGGACGGAGGCGGAAGAAAGACCCGCGGGCGCGGGGUUUGAGUCCCGACGAAGGAAAAAGGGGAGAUACUCCAAAUAUACGGGGUUGUCAGGCACCACACGCGCCGCGAUAUGA